AAUGUAUGGGAAUAUAGGAGAUAUGAUGCAGCGGUUCUCGUGGGUUUCUGGAUGUGAGCCAGGAUGGGCAUGUAGUGUUGGUAAAGACCGGAAGGUUGAUCUCAAAAACUCCAAGGACAUUCCUGAUAGAACCGAGACAUGUGCAGCUUGUUGUGAGGGUUUCUUUUGCCCUCGUGGUAUUACUUGCAUGAUUCCAUGCCCAUUGGGAUCUUACUGCCCACUUGCGAAACUCAAUAAAAAUACUGGGAUGCGUGACCCAUACCGUUAUCAAUUACCUACUGGUGUUACAAACCAUACGUGUGGAGGGGCUGAUAUUUGGGCUGACAUUGUGACUAGUAGUGACGUUUUCUGUUCAGCAGGAUCAUAUUGCCCAUCUACUGUUGAAAAACGUCCUUGCACUUCAGGACAUAUCUGCAGGACAGGUUCUACAGCCCAACAACACACCAUAAUCCAUAUGCAUGUCUUUGCAAUGCUGAAAGAAUGGCAAUAUAGAUUCUGGAGUGUGGCUGCUGGUUUAACUUUCCUGCUCAUCAUUAUAUACAACUGCUCUGACCAGGUUCUUGCAACACGAGAGAAAAGACAAGCAAAAUCCAGAGAGAGGGCUGUUCAAAGUGUAAGAGAAACACAAGCACGUGGAAAAUGGAAAUCUGCAAGAGACAUUGCCAGGAAGCAUGCAGUUGGACUGCAAGCAUCUUUAUCACGUACAUUCUCAAAGGUAAAAUCUCAAAGGCAACAAGACCCGCUGAGGGGUCUAGGUCAAGCUAAACCUGGAACAGAUGGUGCCUUUCCACCCAUGGCUUCAGAAUCAUCCCAGCAAACAAAGAAGGGAAAGAAAAAGGAGAACGGAAACCUCACAAAGAUGUUACACGACAUAGAGGAUGACCCUGAUAGUCAUGAAGGCUUCAAUAUAGAAAUUGGAGGUAAAAAUUCUAAGAAAAAUGCUCCAAAGGGUAAGAAUUUACAUACUCAAAGCCAGAUGUUCAGAUAUGCGUAUGGCCAAAUAGAGAAGGAGAAAGCUCUCCAGGAGCAGAACAAGAACUUCACCUUCUCCGGUGUAAUUUCAGUGGCUAGAGAUAUUGAAAUUAGGAAGAGGCUAACAAUUGAGGUUGCUUUUAAAGAUUUAACCAUCACUUUGAAAGGGAAAAACAAACAUCUGAUGAGAUCUGUGAGUGGGAAAUUAUUUCCUGGUCGAGUUUCUGCUGUUAUGGGUCCAUCUGGGGCUGGAAAAACGACAUUUCUUUCUGCUUUGACUGGAAAAGCAGCAGGUGUAACGGAGGAGGGUAAACGUAGCUUUAUCCAUUCUUAUAUAUGUCACGCUAGCAGGGCUCUGUUGGCAGCUGAUUUGCCAAAAGCUGAAAAAGUUCUAGUAGUAGGAAGAGUUGUUGAGUCUUUGGGGCUGCAGCAAGUGAGGGAUUCUCUCGUUGGGACGGUGGAGAAGUGGGGAAUAUCUGGGGGUCAGAGGAAACGAGUAAAUGUUGGGCUGGAAAUGGUAAUGGAACCUUCACUUUUGAUAUUGGAUGAACCAACAAACCGACAGUUCAUCUUCCCAGUUACUACUAAGAGCUCUUCAACGUGAAGCUGUUGAAGGGGUAACAUUUGCAUGGUCAUUCACCGGCCAAGCUACACCUUGUUCAGGAUGUUUGAUGAUUUGAUACUUCUUGCAAAGGGUGGUCUUACAGUAUAUCAUGAACCAGUGAAGAAAGUUGAGGAGUACUU